GCGGCUGGGAACAUCAGAGAACAUCAGAGCCUUUUGCGCUUGAAGACGGUCCAUCCCAGAACUACGACAGUUCAAGCAGAAAGCAGGAUGUUUCCUAUCAUGGCGAUGCUCUUGCUGAUAGGAACCACAGCUGAGAGAGACACGCCCACCUUCAUCUACACUAACAGCACCGGGUUUGGUUUCUCCAUGCGCGAGUGCCGGCUUCACAUCACCGACGACCCGAAGAACCCCCUGAGCUGCGUGAAGAACCAGACGGCAUGCUACGUCUCGUGCUCGGAAGGGGGCAACUUUAACUUUACGUCUAACUCCAGUGAACUCACGGUGGAAGGCAAUCAAGCCUGUGACAGUUUCUACAUCGCUGGAGCAAAUAACACCUGUAAACUCGUCCCGUGCACCACGAAUGAAAUUAAAGAAGUUCUACAGCCGUUAAAUAACCCAUCUGCAAACCUUAAUGAGCUGAAAACACUUCUGAAUGUCAAACAGAUGUGCAACAAUCUCUUUGAUGAUUUUCAAUUCGUGGAUUUCUACAUUGGAGUAGAAGAACGCAUCAUACACAACGUUCUCAGGGACCUGUCGUUAGCUAAUGUUUCACUGGACUUUGACCUGGAGGACCUCGUCAUGACGGUGACCGGUGUUAAUUGCAGCAGGCAAGACCACUUCAUAAAUGUGACGUCACCAACGAGUGUUCCAGGCUACACCCCUGUGGAGACACUGAUUCCUAGUGUUCCAGGCUACACCCCUGUGGAGACGCUGAUUCCUGUGGAAGCUUUCAUCAACACCCCAGCGGAGAAACAGAAGGCAGCAGUGGUGCGUUACAGGUCUUCACAGCAGUUUCUGGUCGGUCAGGAUGUCAAGCUGGUAUCCACGGUGGUUCGGGUGGAAGUGCUGGAGCCUCUGAAACAGCUGAAGACGCCGCUGAGGAUGAGUUUCGCUGUGAAUUGGAUCGAUUUCUCUCCAGUACAGAAUCAGAAUUUCUCCUGUCAGUUUUACAAUCACUCUGCCCUCCAAGAUGACAGCAGGUGGAGCAGUGAUGGAUGCACGGUGAACACAGUGAACACGACGGUGGAGUGCUCAUGUGAUCACAUGACUCCUUUCGCUGUGCUCCUGAUCCCAGGCCUUGAGGGGACUCUGGACCCGCUGCACUGGACCAUCCUGUCGUACAUCAGUUACAUCGGCUGUGGUCUCUCAGCUCUCUUCUCCGCUAUCGCCAUCCUGUCUUAUUUCAUCAUAAGUGUCUGA